AACGACUUUCACGGCUUACCAACUUGAAGAAUUAGAGAGAUUCGAAAGGGCGCCUUAUCCUGAUGUCUUCGCGAGGGAAGAACUUGCUCUUAAACUUAAUCUCUCCGAAUCACGGGUUCAAGUGUGGUUCCAAAAUAGAAGAGCUAAAUGGCGUAAACGUGAACCGCCUCGGAAGACCGGUUAUAUAGGUUCCAGUUCUCCAAGUUCCACUACUUUAGGCGGAGGUUUCUCGGCAAUCGGCAGCAAUCUACCAACAUUCCCCCAGAACGGCCUGCCCGCACCAGCGGACUCGUGGUCUUAUCAACACUCGUACGAAUUGUCAUCUCAUCAUCUCCUAUCGUCCAGCAGCGGAGGCUACCCAAGUUUCAACGCGCAGCCUGCAGCCUAUUCUUAUACUACGGUCUUAAACGGUCAUGAUGGACAGAUGUUUGCACCGCGACACUCUUACGAGUAUGGAGAAGGGAGUCCGCCGCCGAUCGGAGUGCGAGAUUACCCCAUGAUGGGCGCACACUCACCGCAGAUGGAGGCUCACGCGCACGACGACAAACUAGAGUACCGCACACAUGACCACGAAGACAAAUACACUGCAUGUGCACUUCAAGAGGAGCCGCCACGCUACGCACCGCCGCCAGAAGAUUACGAGAAGUGUGGCAUGGUACCGCACGACAAACACUAUGAGAUGGACCGACAUUCUGAUCUCACGCAACCAGUCGUUGUUAAGAUGGAGCCCAGUCCGAGUCAGGCAUACACUACUCUGCCCCUUUUUGAAUUGAAAUACUCUUUUCGAAAUUAUCUUAGGUGA